AUGAUCGAGUGCGUCGCCCGCGGCCAGGCCACGCUCGCGCCGGCGUGGGACCGCACGUUUGCGGGAGGCAUCUGGUAUGAUUUUGAUUGCAGUGCUGAUGUUUUGGAUGUGCAGGUGCUGAUGGGUAUGGCUGUUAGUGAUAUGCAGAGAAGGAUUGAGGCGUAUAUGUAUACGAGUGAUGGACAGCUUGGGUAUAAGCCUGCGCUUGGGUUUCGGUCGGUUGAGAGAGAGGAUGAGGGUGGAUUGGAGAUUGAUUGA